AUGGUGGACACAGGUGCUACGUCAACAUUCAUUAAGGCAGCAAUAGUACACAACAUCAAACAUCGUCGCAUCACUCCGACACAGACAAGAACAACAUUAGCUGACGGGCACUCUACUCUUAUAAUUCUUGGAAUAGUCCCGUUGCUUGUAAAAAUAAAUCAUGUGCCUACGUAUGUAAGAGCGUUUGUGGCAGAAAAUCUCACAGCCGACAUGAUCCUGGGGAUGGACUGGUGUUCAAAGAACAACGUCGAAGUAUACGCCAGAAAAAAAGAGGUGGUCGUGUGGCAUCAUCGACUGGGCAGGACAACAGCUCACUUCAACGAGCAAGCCUCAGUGGACGUCGAACUUGCUGACAAGAUCUGUCUACAACCUUACGAAGAAAAAGUCGUCCAAGUUAACGUAGCACUGUCAUCGGCGCAACUUGUCUGUUUUGAACCUGACAUAGCUGAGUGUACAAAACGAGCAAUUGCAAGUUAUACGGCGGUUUUGACAGUUAACAAGUGCUCAUCCAACGUCUUGUUAUUUAAUCGCACAAACCUACCUAACACCAUCAGGAAGGGGACAAAAUUAGGUUCGAUCUACUUCAUGUCGGACCAAACAAACACACACACUCUACUCGAUAACAAAACAGAACACGUCGGUAUGACCAGCACCAACAGUGAACUCAAGCCGCAAGCGAAUGAAGUCAAUGCGGUGAUUGACAAGUUAACCGAGCAUAUUACCAACAACCAAGACCGACACGAUUUCCUCGAUAUACUUCAUCAGUUUCGUCAUACGUUCGAUACAUCAAAAGCCACGCAAGCCCACGUUACUAUUCAUCACACCAUCCCAACAGCCGAUGCUCGACCAACAAGUGUUCGCCCAUUCUACAAGACUCCUCAACAAAGAGAGACUCUGCAUAACGAGGUGAAAAAAUUGCUUCAUGACAAUGUUAUUCGAGGGUCAACAUCACCAUGGGCAUCACCUGUCAUUCUGAAGAAGAAACCAGAUGGCACAUAUCGUUUUAUCGUCGACUUUCGUCGCCUGAAUGCCGUUACGAAGAAGGAUGCUUAUCCACAGCCCACUACCGAAGAACUGCUGAAUCGCCUAGCAGGACACCGCUUCUUCACAAAACUCGAUCUCAAGUCGGGCUACUUUCAAAUUCCCAUAUCCGAGGCCGACAAGGAGAAGACAGCGUUUGUAACGCAAGAUGGCUUAUACGAAUUCAAUGUAUUAGCACAAGGCCUGAUGAAUGCACCGCCCACCUUUCAGCGUGUGAUGAACAACCUGAUCGCCACGGGACGAUGGAAUUAUGUUGUCGUUUACCUAGACGACAUCCUCAUCUUCUCCGACUCAAUAAAGGAACACAAGAAACACGUGGCCGAAGUACUAUCGAUUCUUCAGAAAGCCCGCUUCAGAGUAUCACCAUCCAAGUGUGUCAUUGCUGUUGAAAAAGUCGAAUUUCUCAGCCACAUUAUCACUGUCGCCGGCAUAGAACCAUCACCAGAUAAAAUCCAAGCAAUCUUGGACAUUCCAUCACCAAAAACGCUAACCCAAGCAAACAGAUUCAUUGGUAAGAUUGGCUACUACCGAAAGUUCAUCAAGGACUUUGCCAAGAUUGCGGCACCGAUUCACAAGGUGACAAAUAAACCGGGUCCCAAGAAAAGGGAAUUUUACUGGGCUGAAGAGCAACAAUUGGCAUUCGACAGAUUCAAGCAAAUUCUAACUACACCACCAUUAUUUCUUAACUUCCCUGACAAGUCAACUCCGUUCAUUCUCUCAACAGAUGCAAGCAAGGUACGAGUCGGAGGUGUGCUCAAGCAAGUGGUCAACGGCAACCUCAAGGUCAACUACUACCUCUCACGACUUCUAUCACAGACAGAGAGUCGUUACAGCACAACCGAACGUGAAGCAUUGGCAAUAAUGUGGUGCCUUGAUAAGCUACGUUAUUAUAUCGGCGACUCAACUAUAACCAUCAAUACCGACCACAAACCGUUAGUCAAUUUCCAUAAGAAGCUAAGCUUUGCGAAUAAGCGGGUCGACAGCUACCUACUCAAAAUGCAGGACAUGCUCCCACAGAUCGUCGAGAUUAAAUACAAGCCAGGCAAGGAGAACAAUGAUGCCGACUACAUGACAAGGCAAGACGACCAAGGCCGUGACGACAAAGACGAGUGGCCGAGAGGAACAGUGACGUGGGAUGAUGAGGUAAUUGCAACAGCCUGCACACGAUCAAAAACGAAACAACAACAGCAACCCUUAUUACCGACAAACGACACUGUAGUACUCAACACACCAAUAGCAACAAAAGCCUCGACCAAGUCAAUUCCAGCAGCCACAACACCAAUUGACCUCACACAUGACCGAAUUCGACAAGCACAGGAAGGAGAUAGCAAUAUUACCACUAUAGUCAAGCAGCUGACCGACGGAAAAAAGAACGACCACUUUUGUUUUCAAGACAACAUUCUGUUCCGGUUGAUCCGCAAGAAAGGACGUGGCACAUUGUCCAAGGUCGCAUAUUUACCCAACUCACUGAUAUCAACAGCUAUGGAUGCGUUUCAUGACCAUCCUUUGAGUGGACAUUUUGGGACGACGAGGACAUUUAACAAACUAAAGGCUCGAUAUUGGUGGCCACAGAUGCGACGUGCCGUCGAACAACAUAUUAGAUCAUGUGACAAGUGUGCACGCCACAACAUCCGACGAACCAAGGAGGAUGGCCAUCUAAAGAACAUCCAACCACCCGAUGAUGUCUUUCAAAUCGUGCACAUGGACUUCUGGGGACCAAUGACAACAUCCGAUGAUGGAAACCGUUAUGUUCUAGUGCUCACUGACAACCUAUCAAAAUAUGUCAUCGCUGAGGCCUACCCAGACUGUACUGCAAAGACAGCGGCAAAGUUCUUCGUGGAGAAGUAUAUUCUAGUACAUGGGGCACCAGAGCGGCUCAUUACAGACAAUGGUACUCACUUCAGCAAUGCCUUGAUGAAAACCAUCACACAGACUACCAACAUCAAGCAUGCGUUCUCCGCAUCGUAUCAUCCACAAACGAACGGUCAAGUAGAACGGUUCAACGCAACAUUCUCAGCACAGUUGGCCAAGUACUGCAACAAGGAGAAGAGUGACUGGGACGUCUUCCUGCAACAAGUAGUAAAUGCCUACAACACCGGUAUUCAUGCAACAACAGGUUUUGCUCCUUAUGAACUAGCGUUCGGUCGCAAAUUCAGAAGCCCGUUUGACUCAACAUCUCCAGUAGUUAAACUAUCACGUGCUACCGAUUUCUACAAGUACCUCCAACGAUCAAGGAAGAUUAUCAUCAAUGCCGCGUGCGAGAAUAUUCGGCAGCAACAUCACCUGUCAAAGCAACGUUAUGACACUAAUCGGAAAGACACCACCUACGACAUCGGUGAUUUAGUCUAUGUCAAGGUGUGCUCGAAUCGUCAUAAGCUGGACGAACGGUGGCUAGGCCCAUUCGAGAUCAUUCAACGGUGCGGUGACCAGAACUACAUUGUGGGCGAACAAGUCAUUCCACUACGUGGUUGUUCAAUCGACAUUCAUCCAAAUGCUCGAUGGAAACAAAAUGGUGUCACUGUAGCCGGAGGAAAUGAACAAGGCAAUGAGAUCAAUCAACUCUCGAACCCAUUGGGUCUGUAUGUUGAUGAUGAUCAAACUGUCUAUGUCGCUGAUCAAUCGAAUCACCGUAUUGUGGAAUGGAAAUCGGGUGCGGCGAGCGGUCAAGUGGUUGCCGGUGGAAACGGAAAAGGAAACGGGGUUCAUCAAUUGUCUGACCCAUUUGAUGUGAUUGUCGACAAAGAGAGAGAUAGUCUUAUAAUCUCCGAUAGUUUAAAUUGCAGAGUGGUUCGAUGGUCUCGUCGAAACGGGACAAGUAGAGAAACGAUCUUCUCGAACAUCGUUUGUGUGGGUUUGACGAUGGACGUGAAUGGGUCUCUCUAUGUCGUUGACAGUGGACAAGCGAAAGUGAGACGAUAUCGAAGAGGAGAAUAUCAAGGGACAGUGGCUGCAGGUGGCAAUGGGCAAGGAAAUCGUCUCGAUCGACUCAAUGGCCCACGACACGUAUUCGUCGAUCGAGAUCAUUCAGUGUACGUAUCUGAUUUGGGAAAUCAUCGUGUGAUGAAAUGGAUGGAAGGUGCAAAAGAAGGCAUUGUCGUGGCUGGUGGCCAAGGAGAAGGAAAUGGUCUUACACAAUUGUCAUUUCCUCAAGGAGUUGUUGUCGAUCAAUUGGGCACUGUGUAUGUGGCUGACAGGGGGAAUGCUCGAGUCAUGCGUUGGCUCAACGGAGCCACACAGGGAAGUGUAAUUGUGGGUGGAAACGGUAAAGGAGGACAAUCGAACCAACUCUAUGAUCCCUUUGGUUUAUCAUUCGAUAAACACGGUAAUCUCUAUGUCGUCGAUAACGUAAAUAAUCGAGUACAAAAAUUCAAUAUUGAAUUCAAUGGAUAA